AUGGAGGAGUCCGGAGGCUCUUUCAAUCUGGCCAGGUCAGCUGCUCUGAAACUUUCGGAGAGGACGAAGCAGCUCGGCGGGGCGGUGCACGAUCCCGAGCGCCAGCGGAGGAUUAUCUUAGUGAUCGUGUGCGUUGCGCUGCUCUUAGACAACAUGCUGUACAUGGUGAUCGUGCCAAUCAUCCCAGACUACGUGGCUGACCUCGAGAGCGAAAAUAAGGCGAAGACACACAGUAACACCACCGACAGCACCAAGGAGAACCUGGAUGUAAAGAUAGGAGUUCUGUUCGCCUCCAAGGCCAUGGUCCAGCUUCUUGUGAACCCGUUAUCUGGGACGUUUAUUGACCGGGUGGGCUACGACAUCCCACUCAUGAUUGGGCUGAUGAUCAUGUGCUUGUCCACCUGCGUGUUUGCAUUUGCUGAGAACUAUGCCAUGUUGUUUGUGGCGCGCAGCCUACAGGGUCUUGGUUCGGCGUUUGCAGACACAUCAGGCCUUGCCAUGAUUGCAGACAAGUUCACGGAGGAGGCAGAGCGCAGUCGUGCACUUGGCAUUGCCCUGGCAUUCAUAUCAUUUGGCAGCCUCGUGGCACCACCGUUUGGCGGAGUGCUGUAUGAGUUCGCCGGUAAGCGUGUACCGUUCAUUGUGUUGGCAUGCGUGUGCCUGGCUGACGGCUUCCUGCUGCUCACUGUGAUCAAGCCCUUCUCAGACCGGUCACGUGAGAACAUGCCUAUUGGCACUCCCAUCCACCGGCUAAUGGUGGACCCAUAUAUCGCAGUGGUGGCGGGGGCACUGACGGUGUGCAACGUGCCUUUGGCCUUCCUUGAGCCCACAGUGGCCAACUGGAUGGAGACCACGAUGCACGCCACCCAGUGGGAGAUAGGGCUGACAUGGCUGCCCUCGUUCUUCCCGCAUGUUCUUGGCGUGUACAUGACAGUCAAACUGGCAGCCAAGUACCCACACCUGCAGUGGUUCUACGGUGCUCUUGGAAUGGUGAUCAUCGGUGCUAGCUCAUGCACCGUACCAGCCUGCAAGAACUUCGGACAGCUCAUGGUACCGCUGUGCGGUAUCUGCUUCGGGAUUGCGCUUGUCGACACGGCGCUGUUGCCCACGCUGGCCUUCCUUGUCGACGUCCGUCACGUGUCUGUGUAUGGCAGCGUGUACGCCAUCGCAGACACCUCAUACUCUGUGGCCUAUGCCAUGGGGCCCAUUGUGGCUGGACAGAUUGUCCAUAACCUGGGGUUUGUCCAGCUCAAUUUGGGCAUGGGUCUUGUCAACAUGCUGUAUGCUCCCGCUCUGCUUGCAUUGCGACAUGUCUGUCAGAUGAAGCCAUCCUACUCUGAGAGAAACGUGCUGCUGGAAGAGGGUCCCACAGGACUCUAUGACACCAUCAAGAUGGAGGAACGCCAUCUGAAGAGGAAAGGACUCAGCACUACCCCAAACACCAAUGUCAACACUACAACCAGUGCUCUGCCUAUUGAGGAUGGAUUUGGUUUGAGAUCAUUCUCUGAGGAGGAGUCAUCAGGACCAGAGUACACUUAACA